AAAAGCAUUUCAGACUGGGCACUUCCUUUCGCUGAUCUUGACUCAUAGCACUUGGAGUCUGUCCUUACGCACAAGUUUUGUGCCACGUUCUCCUGCUUGCAAUGGACAGACAAGUGACAUAUGCUGAUUUAAACUUAUCCAGGGGUCCUUGCCUGGAAAGUUCAUCACCCCCAUCCCUUCCUCAGGACAUCUGUCAAGGUCCACCUUGGCAUCAGUUGGCUCUGAAACUUGGUUGUACUGGGGUUAUUCUUCUUACCUUGACUGUGAUUGGGUUGAGUAUUUCAGUAAUAUUCUUAAGACAAAACUUGUCAAUAGAAGAAAGCGGUGUGGAUGUUCACGAGAACAGGAAUGAAACAACAGAGAAACCAGAUCUGUUAAAGUGCCCAAAAGAUUGGCGUCUACUCCGAGAAAAAUGUUUGUUUUUUUCUCUCGCUUCCAACACUUGGAACUACAGUCUAGCUGACUGUUCCACACAAGAAUCCAGUUUGCUGCUUUUUCAAGAUCCAGAAGAACUGAGACACGUACAAAGCCUGAUACCUAAAAAAGAAUUUCUGUUUUGGAUUGGAUUAAAUUUAACAUUAUCAGAGAAGAAAUGGAAGUGGAUAAAUGGGUCAUUUUUAAAUCCAAACGUAUUACGUAUUGUUGGUUAUACUAAGAAAAACAGCUGUGUUUACGUCUCACCGACAGGAAUUUUUUCUGAGGACUGUGACACAGACAAUAAAUGGAUCUGUCAGAAAGAACUACAACCUGUCAGAAAUAAGGCGUGUUCGGGCUCUUGACUACGCAUUCCCUCUCAAUUUCUCUACUUUCCAUCACAGGUCUCUGCAUCUAUACAGCUAACUUAGCCCGAUGUG